ACGCGUGCGCUCCUGCAAGUUGGGACGCGUCGUGCAGACGGAUGACACUCGUUUAGUUUCCCCCCCCGAGCCAAAAAAAUGUGUGUGUGACGGGGCAGCAGCACGUCAACAGGUGCUGCGGGAGGCGUUUAAACACGCCGUCCGGCUUCAGGCUUUUUUCAUUUUUUUGUCGCUCACCGUCCGGAGAGCGUGAGGAGUUCUCUGGGAAAAAGUUUCAGACGGGAGCGCGUUUUUUAACCGGCAGCAAAUCAUGUUUGACACGCCCGUCCCGAGCGCGGAGCUCCAGCUCAAACUGUCCGACGGCAUGGGGAUGGAGAACGGCGGUGGCAAGAAACUUUUACAACCCGGUGGACCUGCUUUAUCCAAAAGAAAACUUCUGGUUGGCUUAGAUCUCCUCUGCCUCUUCCUGGCAUCCAUUCCUUUCUUUGCAUGCGAGCUGAAGGCAGUGAGUCCUUACAGAAGGGGCUUCAUAUGUGGGGACCCCAGCAUCACCUACCCGUAUCUGCACAGUGAAGCCAUACCGGACGAAUUACUCAUUGCAGGUGGAAUCAUCAUCACCGGUCUUACAAUUGCCCUCGGGGAGUGUUACCGGGUUCGAUUCCAAAGCGUGAGCUCCAAGGCUUUUGUCAGGAACCUGUAUGUUUCAUGUCUCUACAAAGAGCUGGGCUGCUUUCUGUUCGGCUGCUGUGUCGGCCAGUCGCUGACCAACAUGGCCAAGCUCAGCGUGGGGCGGCUGCGGCCACACUUUCUCUCCGUAUGCGGCAUCACAUACGCUUCCCUGAACUGCACACCUGGAACCUACGUUCCAACCGUGAACUGCCCCCAGCCUGACCAGCGGCUAGAGGAGGAAGCCAGGAAGUCCUUUUUCUCCGGCCAUGCUUCCUUUGCGAUGUACACCAUGCUGUAUUUGGCAUUUUACAUGCAGGCCCGGUUUACAUGGCGCGGGGCCCGUCUGCUGAGGCCAGUACUGCAGUUUUUCCUGGUUCUGUUGGCAGUCUACACAGGUCUGACCCGCAUCUCGGAUUACAGGCAUCACCCGUCCGACGUCCUCACAGGCUACAUACAGGGAGCUCUCACUGCGUACUGGGUGGCUUUCCACAUCUCGUCCAUGUUUAAAAGGUCCGGCGCAGAUCUGUCCGAGGCGGAGACCCUGGACAGCCCCCUGUCACCCCACCAUACCGUCUGCUAACUCUCAUACCCCCUCAGACCCCUGCAUGUGCCUCCAUCCACAUGCUGGCUAAAUCUGGUCCAGAUACACAAAGGAUUUGAAGAAUGUGAGACCAUUUCCUGUGAAAUCAAAUAACAUACCUCAGCAUUUUGAGUGUAAGAGAGCAAGAGACUGGAGUGUGGAGGAUGCUGUCUUUAACUCAAAGGAGAAAAACUUCUUGAGAAAGGGAGAAUAGUUUAAGAUCAGCUCCCACUAUUGUACACGUGACACCAAUCUGUGAGAAAAGACUGAUCACACUGCAACCACUACCACGUUAUGCAUCACUUGUAAAUAAAUACGUAUUUUGUACAACUCCAAUGAUACUGUAAAAGCACUUUUUGCUUUCCAUGUUAGUAUUAUUAAUUCCCGUUCUGCAUUAUGUAGGCUGUGAUAUAUUUUCUACAAACACUGAAUACAUUGUGUAGCAGUUUUUUUUUAUUUACACAAGCUCGUUGAAUGUCGUUGAAGGAAAGCACAAGCACAUUAUUAAGAAAAAGAGCAGAUAUUCUUAAUGUGUACAAAUAGCUUUGAUAAGAGUGUCCGUCCAUCUGUAACCAUUGUGCUGUAUAGUUAAGGAAAAGACUAAAAGAUAUCUAAACACACUAUUAAAGGAAUGAA